AUGAUGAAAUAAGCUAUGUUAAAAUUUUCACAUUUAUCAAAUCUAAAAAUCUUUCUGCUGCUUUUAGGUCUUACUCCUCUAACCUAACAAGCUAUCUUGGACCUAGAACUAAAUAAGAUUGAUAACUCCCUUGCUCAUCAGCUCUAAACUAAGGGUGAAGAAGGUCUGGAUGAAUGGAUGUCAAAUAACUAGCACAAAAAUAUAGAUAAGAGUGGACUAUAUAGAGCUAUUGAGGGUGUAGUGUCUGACUAAUUACUAUAGAAAAAGUAAAACACCUACUCACAGAAGUUUUUAGAUACAGCAGCAGGCAGUUUGAUACUUUAAUAGUAUGAUGAUUAGUAAGAGUAGAUCUUUGAGAAAGAACUGAGAAAUUACCUAGAUAUACAAUACUUCGGCACUCUUUAUCUGGGAUCACAACAAGAAGAUAUGACAUUUAUCUUCGAUACUGGCUCUAGCUGGCUAUGGGCACCAACGAAGGACUGUAAAAUCUGUCAUAAAUCGGAGAAAUAUGACCCUAAAGUAUCAGAAUUCUUCGAGCAAAUAAGCGAUGAGCCAACUGUGGUGACUUAUGGCACAGGCUAGGUCAGAGGAUAUCUAUCUCAAGAUCAAGUCUGCUUGCAGAAAAAUCUCAGCUCAUGCUUAUAAGAGUUCUAAUUUCUCUCAGUAUUUGAGACAUAUGAACUAGGGGGUUUGAAAUCUGAUGGUGUAAUUGGCUUAGCUCCCUCUAGCUAUAGAUCUGGACCCAAUCUAUUCAUUGAUGAGUUAUACCAAAAUGGUCUUAUUGAAAAUAGAGUGUUCAGUUUUUACAUGGCUAAUGACGGUUUCCCCCAGCCUUAGAAAGAGUUCAAAAGCAGACUCACAUUUGGAGGAUAUAAUGCUUCAAUAGCUGGCAAGAAGUUUGAGGACUAUGGCUCACCUACUUGGAAUGAACUCAUCAACAGUAACUAUUGGAGUGUUCAGUUAGUUGGAGCUAGACUAGGAGAUAAAUAGCUCUAAAUGUCUACUAAUAUAGCAAUCGUUGAUACUGGCACCUCUUAUUUAUUAAUGCCAAAUCCUGAUUUUGACCAACUUGUGACCUACUUCUAAAACUAUUUAAUCUGUGGUCAGGAUCAACAGAAAAACCUAUUCAAGUGUCUGUGUACUGAAUAAAUCUAUCAGAACUUCCCUAACAUUAAGAUCCAAAUAGGCAACAAUGUCUACAGUUUCCCUAAGGAGAAAUAUGUUUUGCCUUUCAACGGUACUUGCUAUUUUAUGAUAAUGAACAUGACAUUCAGAGAAGGAACUGGUCUUUGGAUUUUAGGGGAUAACUUCUUGCAAAGUUAUUUGACGAUAUUUGACUAUGAUAACUUGAGAGUCGGCUUCAUUGGUGAAUCUAAAUAUGAAGAGAUACCAAAGACAAUGAUUGAGUACCUGACUUACUUUGUGUUGGGCCUCCUUCUUGUUGUGAUUAUCUUCGUUAUCUUCUAGCUCUGCUUCAAUCACAAACCCAAAGAAGACAAUGAUGGCGGCUAUAAGAGGACAAGGAGCAAUGAUAGACCCAUUAAAAGAGAAACCACCUCAGAUGCAAGUCCUUUUGGCUAGCCAUUAUUGACAGUUGGCGGAACUUAAACAGACAGAUAACAAAAGCUUUUGGAUUGA